AGACCUCAAAUCCCAGAGUAUUGCUGCAGCAGGACACCCAGCUGACGGAUCGGCGGAGCUCCGUGAAUGAGUUGCUGAGGUGAGCAGCUCCAGCUCCUCAGGAGAGGAUUCAAAGGCAGUCCAGAGAACCUGCCUGAGAGGAAAAUAUAAAAUCACACUGUAGUUACUGUAGAUGUUAAAAUGGUUGCUGAGGGCGGGAUGGACUCUAAUAGAACGGAGCCAGUGAGCUUCUGGGACAUUCUCCAAGAGAUGGAUCCCACGUGGACCACCACCGUUCUCCUGGUGCCCUGCGUUGUUGUACUGACAGCUGGGUUUUUCUACCUCUACGGUGUAGUCAUUGGUCUGCUGUCUAAAACAUCAGUACGCAAUAAAGUGGUGGUCAUAACCGACGCUCUGUCCGGACUCGGAAAAGAAUGUGCAGGUGCUUUUCACAAAGGAGGAGCGAGGUUGAUCCUUUGUGGGAAAAGCUGGGAGAAACUUGAAGAACUCGGUGAUGAUUUGGCAAAUGCAGAUCCUACUGUAACGUUUCCCCCUAAAUUGGUGCUGCUGGACUUCGGGGAUAUGGACAGCAUGCCGGAGGCCAUCGCAGAGGUCCUGGACUGUUAUGGUUGUGUGGAUGUUCUCAUCCUCAACAGCAGCAUGAAAGUCAAAGCACCUGCUCACAAUCUGUCCCUGGAGCUGGACAAGUUACUGAUGGACAACAACUACUUUGGACCGGCCACACUGGCUAAAGGUGUGCUACCCUCCAUGAUCUCUAGGAGAACCGGGCAUCUGCUCCUGGUCAACAGCAUCCAAGGGAAACUAACUGUGCCUUUUCGCACGACAUAUGCAGCCUCUAAGCAUGCCGUGCAGGCCUUCUUUGACUGCCUGAGAGCAGAAGUGGAUGAGUACGGCAUCUCCGUCAGCACCGUCACCCACACCUUCAUCAGCAGCGCUGCAGAGAACACAGCCACCAGGUCUCUCUGGUCACUGUUGUACACGAGGAAACCUCGCGGCGUUUCUCCAGACGAGGCAGCUGCUGAGAUCAUCAAGACUCUAAACAACAAGAGGAACGAGGUGGUAAUUGCUCCAUCGCUGCCUAAAAUGGCCGUGGUCACCAGAUGCUUCUUCCCCAAUGUGUUCUUUGCUGUGAUGGCUGCAGGAGUGAAGGCUGCUGAUGCCUCAGAGAAGAUGUAGCGCUACAACUUCUCAUAAUCAGACUUUGUGGGAAUUUGUACUUGAUUGCUGAUGACUUUAAGCUAAAAUACAAGACUGUGUUGAACAUGUG